AUGCACAAGUACGAUAAGGCGCUUAUCAACUACCAGUUGACAGUUCACUUUGACCCUCGUUGUGCGGAGGCCUACAACAAUAUGGGUGUCAUCUUUAAGGAACAGGAGAAUCUCGAGAAGGCCUUGAAAUACUACCACCUGGCCAUUCAGUGCAAUCCUCGCUUUGCCCAGACACUGAACAACCUGGGUGUGGCUUACACCACUUCGGGCCGACUGACAGAGGCGCUUGAAUACCUUUCCAGAGCGGUCUCAGUCGCACCGAACUAUGCCGAAGCUUACAACAAUUUGGGAUGGCUUUUUUGGGAUCAUGGAGAUUUGGCACAGGCCUUGCGCAUGUACGAGCGCUGCAUUGAGCUGUCUCCCACAUCCAAGAACCCUUCACAAAACCGCUUACUGGCCUUGAAUUAUUUGCAUGGCGUUUCCUCUGAGCUUGUCUUUCAGGCCCACAGUGCGUGGGCUGAGCGCUUUUGCCGUGAGGUUGGCUCUCCACAUACAAGCUGGCCGAACUCCAAGGUUCCUCAGCGACAACUCCGACUAGGAUACAUCUCCCCGGACUUUUUCCAUCAUUCGGUCUCCUUUUUUGUCCAUGCCUUGCUGGAGCAUGCCAAUACAGAGCAGUUUGAAAUCUUCAUCUACUCAAAUGCCACAAGGGAGGACGACAAGACGGAGGUGUUCAAGAGCUUAGUGCCAGCACAUCGCUGGAGGAAGGUCGUUGGAAUGUCUGCCGUUGACGCCUCCGAGCUAAUCAGAGCAGAUCAGAUCGACAUCCUGGUGGAGCUCGCAGGACACACGGCCAACAACCGUCUUGAUGUGAUCGCUUUGAAACCAGCACCUGUCCAGAUCACCUACAUUGGCUAUAACAAUACCACCGGGCUUGGCGCCAUUGACUACCGAUUGGUGGAUGAGAUCGUUGAUCCGUUGGACACCACGCAGCCAUUCAGUGAGGAGCUGGUGCGAGUUCCAGGGUGCUUUUUGUGCUACACACCACCAACAGCGAUCCCUGACGUUCAGGAGCUCCCUGCCCUCCGCAAUGGGUUCGUUACCUUCGGCAGUUUCAGCUGCCUGGCGAAGGUGGGUGAUCCAGUAGUGGCGCUUUGGGCGAGAUGUUUGCACGAGGUCCCCAACAGCAGGCUGCUCGUGAAGAAUAAGGGCUUCUACUCGCCAGAUGUCCAGGCCACCUUCAUCGCGAAGUUCAAGGCCUUUGGCAUUCCUGAGCAAAGGCUAAAGCUGAUGUCAUUGGCUCCAACCUCAUACGAGCACCUGAACAUCUACAACGAGGUAGACAUAGCUCUCGAUACCUUUCCGUACUCCAACACUACAACCACAUGUGAGUCGCUGUUGAUGGGAGUACCUGCUGUCACGUUGGUUGGCAACACCCAUGGCUCCAGAGUUUGCUACAGUUUGCUCAGCGCCAUCGGAAUCGGAGAGUUCGCAGCUCAUUCACAGGAGGCCUAUGUGACUAAGGUGAAAGGACUGUGUAGCAACUUGCAGACCCUUGCGUUGUUGCGAAAGAACAUGCGCCAGAUAAUGCUAUCCUCACAACUUUGUGAUGGGCCUGGCUUUGUCCGCGACAAGUAUGAGCACAUCCUCCGAGAGAAGUGGAUUGCAUAUUGUGAUGGCCGCACACCAUCACAGCAGGCGUCUUCAAAAUGGUGUUGUCUUCUUCUUCUUCUUCUUCUCCUUCUUCUUCUUCUUCGUGUCUUUCAAUAUCAGCAGGAGGGAUAUUUGACAAGCUGUAGACAUGCUUGUUAG